CUCCAUUGUGGUAAGCCUGGAGCGAUUAUAAGCAGCAAUUCGACAACUCUCUCUAGCAGUCGGCUCAAGUGUGACCCUUGACUGGACAGUUCUCUACAGACUGGAAAGCUCCUGCUCGGCGUUUACAAGAGCAGAACGCGCAUUGACGCGUAACUUGGUCUGCGAUUGCGAGGCAGUGCUAGUUCAAAACUUGAACAUCAGAGUCACUGGUCUUCACUCGGCAAUCCCUGCCGAUCCUGUCACCUCAGCUCCCGACCGACUCCGGCAGCCUCAAGGACAUACAUCUCACCUUCACACACAUUUAUCAUCGGGUAUUCAGAGUAGACCGUCAAAAUGGUCAAGGAGACAAAGUUGUACGACGUCCUUGGUGUCUCUCCGAAUGCCACGGAGCAGGAGUUAAAGAAAGCAUACAAGACGGGCGCCUUGAAGUACCACCCUGAUAAGAACCGAAACAACCCGUCGGCAGAGCAAAAGUUCAAGGAGAUCUCACAUGCCUAUGAGAUCCUCUCCGACUCACAGAAACGGCAAAUAUAUGAUCAGUAUGGCGAGGCUGGUCUAGAGGGCGGUGCUGGCGGCGGUCCCGGCAUGGCUGCUGAGGAUUUGUUCGCCCAGUUCUUUGGCGGUGGCGGUUUCGGCGGCAUGUUUGGCGGUAUGCACCAACAGCGCGGUCCCACGAAGGCGAAGACGAUCCAUCACAUUCACCAAGUCUCACUUGAGGACAUCUACCGUGGCAAGGUGUCCAAGUUGGCCCUGCAGCGGUCGAUCAUUUGCCCGAAGUGCGAGGGUCGCGGCGGUAAAGAGGGAGCUGUUCGCAAGUGCCCGGGAUGCGACGGUCACGGUAUGAAGACGAUGAUGCGCCAAAUGGGUCCCAUGAUCCAGCGGUUCCAGACGGUGUGCCCGGAUUGCAGCGGCGAAGGCGAGAUUGUGAAGGAGAAGGAUCGCUGCAAGCAGUGCUUCGGCAAGAAAACAAUUGUCGAUCGCAAGGUCCUGCACGUCCAUGUCGACCGCGGCGUCAAGAGCGGCACCAAGAUCGAGUUCCGUGGCGAGGGAGACCAAGCCCCCGGCAUCCUUGCCGGUGAUGUUGUGUUCCAAAUUGAGCAGAAGCCCCACCCACGCUUCGAACGGAGGGACGACGACCUCCUUUACAACGCCCAGAUCGACCUUGUCACGGCAUUGGCUGGUGGCACCAUCUUUAUCGAGCACCUGGACGAGAGAUGGUUGAGCGUCGACAUCCUCCCCGGCGAGGCAAUUGCAAAUGGUGCUGUGAAGAUGAUCCGUGGCCAAGGCAUGCCGUCGUACCGUCAUCAUGACUUUGGCAACAUGUACAUUCAGUUCUCCGUUAAGUUCCCCGAGAAGAACUGGACGCAGGAUCCCGCGGCCUUCGAGGCCUUGCGGAAGUUCCUUCCCCCGCCGGAGCUCAUCAAUACUGCUCCGGCUGAGGCUAUGACUGAACCUGCGGAUCUUGAGGACGUGGAUAACUCUUCAAGAGGGUUCGCCAACGGUGGUGCCAUGGAUGAGGAUGAGGAUGAGCAUCCUCAUGCCGAGCGGGUCCAAUGCGCCUCCCAGUAA